AUGAGCACAUUCGGAAGUCUAUACCGCAUCACGACAUUUGGCGAGUCGCAUUGCAAGGCUGUUGGAGUGGUCGUCGAUGGAGUUCCUCCUGGUUUGUCAAUCACUGAAGACGACAUCCAACCUCAACUCAGCAGAAGACGACCUGGUCAAAGCGCACUCACUACUCCUAGAGAUGAAAAAGAUCGAGUCGUCAUCCUCUCAGGCACCGAAAAGGGCUUCACUCUCGGAACCCCAAUAGCAAUGAACGUCCCCAACGAAGAUCAACGUCCUCACGAUUAUGGUGAAAUGGACUUUUAUCCACGUCCUUCCCACGCUGAUGUCACAUACCUCGACAAGUACGGCAUCAAAGCCUCAUCUGGUGGUGGGCGAUCAUCAGCUAGAGAAACUAUUGGUCGUGUAGCUGCUGCUGCAAUUGCUGAAAAAUACUUGAAGGUCGCUACUGGGUUUGAAUGUGUUGGAUUUGUAUCUUCUAUUGGCCAUGUAGACAUGUCGCCGGAUUUCCACGAGUCUGCUAAUUCGGCUAUGGUCGCUACUAGUGGUAGUAAUGGGGCUGCAAAGUCGGUGAAUGAACGUGAGGCUGCGUAUGUGGCCAGAUGGAGUGCUUGGUGGAAGCGUUUGGCUACGGUUACGAGAGCUGAUGUGGAUAGUAAUGAAGUUAGGUGUCCUGAUGCUGAGACGUGCAAGAAGAUGCGUGAGCGAGUCGUGCAGGCCAGAGAUGCACACGACUCAAUUGGUGGCACUGUGACUUGUAUCCUACGAAACGUUCCAAAAGGGUUGGGUGAACCAUGUUUUGAUAAACUGGAAGCCCUACUCGCUCAUGCCAUGCUAUCUAUACCCGCUACCAAAGGAUUUGAAAUCGGAUCUGGGUUUGCUGGUACAAAUAUUCCAGGUCAUUUACAUAAUGAUGCUUUCGUGAAAAAGGUUGAUGGGAGUUUGGGUACUGUUACCAAUUUCUCUGGUGGUAUUCAGGGCGGUAUUUCAAAUGGGGAAAAUAUUUAUUUCAAGGUCGCCUUCAAACCAGCAGCAACGAUCUCGCUUCCACAGAACACAACUACUUAUGACGGCACUGAAGGUAUAUUAGCUGCCAAAGGACGUCAUGAUCCAUGUGUACUACCACGUGCCGUACCCAUCGUUGAAGCUAUGGCUACGUUGGUUAUAAUGGAUGCCUUCUUGUUACAACAAUCACGAAUAGCUGCUGCUUCAAGGAUACCGCAAUCUAUUAAAGAUGCUAUUCCGCCUGUAUUGAAGGGUGAGCUGAACAAGGUUCUCAAGAGGAAGGAACGUGAUGAUUAA